UCUCCUGCAGGGGUGUUUUAUAGCGUAUAACUACUUAUUCGUGGUUGUUUGUAAAAAAUGGAAAACGAAGUAAAGUGUGUGAGAGGCGGAGCGGAGCGUGUCUGUUAUAUUACCCGAGUACAGGGUUUCAGCGCUAGCCAUCGAUUGCACAGCCAGUCACUAAGUGAUGAAGAGAACAAGCAAAUAUUUGGAAAAUGCAACAAUCCCAAUGGCCAUGGGCACAACUACAAAGUUGAAGUUACAGUAAAAGGAAAGAUUGACCAUACCACAGGAAUGGUGAUGAACCUCACUGAUCUUAACCAGUAUAUACAGGAAGUAAUUAUGAAACCACUUGACCACAAAAACCUGGAUCUGGAUGUGCCGUACUUUGCUGAUACUGUUAGCACUACUGAAAACCUGGCGGUGUAUAUCUGGGACAACAUGAUCAAGCUUCUUCCACCUAACAUGCUCUAUGAGAUCAAGGUGUAUGAGACAGACAAAAAUAUAGUUGUGUAUCGAGGGGAGUAGAGCAGUUCGUUUGCUGAUGCCUGCUGAAAGCUGCAGGUCAGUAGGAGGAGGUUGUAAACCUUCACAGUUUCGAUUUUAUUAGAUUAUCGCCAGAGGAGCACCUGCUGGGCCUACAUGGUGUUGUGUGCUUUAGGAUUAGCUUAAGGCACAGAGAAUUUGUCUUAGCCCUUGACCAUGUGACACUGAUCCUAUUAGGAAUGGAGCUUGUGGUAGGUGUAAAUCUUUUUAUUCCCCCCCAAAUUGAUUAUAAGUCUUUACUUUGUUGCCACAUUUACAAUUUUAUAAACAGUUUUGGCAAAUUGUCCAAUUUAUUGUCUUAAAACUAGUGUAUAGUAUAAAGUGCGGUUUACUUGUUCAACUUUUAUGUUUAUUAUAGUUAUUAUAUAAGAUAUUGUAUUAUAUUAAUUCUCAUUUCUGUCAAUACAUUAUUUAAAGAUUUGUGUACAGAGGUUUUCUUUUAAAUGCUCUUCUUCGCUUUACCACUAGGUGGCACAACUGUAGUUUGUUUAGGGCAGCCAUUCUCAGUCUCAACAAGGCUGCGGCCCAAUUCGAAAUGUGAAAAUCUACCCAAACCUUUUACAAGACUAAAAUAAAUAAAUAUUGCAUUGUUUAAAUCCCAUG